GCGGGUCUGAGAGCGGUGUGAAGCGCCCAGCAGCGGGCUGGAGACCAGCUUUAACGCCUUUAUUCCCCAGCGGAAGGCCUGAUGGCGCUCUGGGCUCAAUAAAUUACUGAGAUCUAAAGGCUGUAGGCAUGUGAAGACGGGCCGUUGAUGAUGCUAGCUCUACCAUGGGCAAUGUCACUCUCCGCUACUUCUGCUAUGGCUGCCUCUUCACGUCACUGACGUGGUCCUUCCUGCUCUUCCUCUACUUCAGCCUGAGUCAGGAGAGCCGCCUGUCCUCCAGCCAUGUGCCCAUCCAGGGGGCGCAGCACCGCUUCCAGCCCCGCUUCACCCGCCGCCCCGCCCCACCCAACAGAGCACACGGACACGACAGCCGCCGCAGUGACCUCUCGCCUGAGAUGGGAAUGAUUUACAAUGAGAAGGAUCAGGAAGUGAGAGAUACAGGCUACCACAGACACGCCUUCAACGUCCUCAUCAGCAACAGGAUCGGAUACCACCGAGACCUGCCUGAUACCAGGAGUGAAAAGUGUAAAGCGAAGACAUAUCCUUUAGCGCUACAGACAGCCAGCGUGGUGAUCUGCUUCUUUAACGAGGCCUUCUCGGCCCUGCUCAGGACCGUCCACAGCGUCCUGGACCGAACACCCGCUUACCUCCUGCACGAGAUCAUCCUGGUGGACGAUAACAGCGAGCUAGAUGACCUGAAGCAGGAUCUGGAGAUGUACAUGGACACUAAUCUGCCAGACAAAGUGAAGUUGGUGCGCAAUAAGAAAAGAGAAGGACUGAUCAGGGGGAGGAUGAUUGGAGCCUCACAUGCUACAGGUGAGGUCCUGGUGUUCCUGGACAGUCACUGUGAGGUGAACGAGGCGUGGCUGCAGCCGUUGCUGAGCCCGAUUAAAGAGAACCGCCGCACGGUGGUGUGUCCUGUCAUUGACAUCAUCAGUGCAGACACGCUGCUCUACAGCCCCUCCCCCAUCGUCAGGGGAGGCUUUAACUGGGGGCUGCACUUUAAAUGGGACCCUGUUCCUGUCUCGGAGCUCAACAACCCCAGCGGAGCCAUCAGGUCUCCGACGAUGGCCGGGGGUCUGUUCGCAAUGGAUCGAGAAUACUUCAACGAGCUCGGGCAGUACGACAGUGGCAUGGACAUCUGGGGCGGAGAGAACCUGGAGAUCUCCUUCAGAAUUUGGAUGUGUGGAGGUCAGCUCCUGAUCAUGCCCUGCUCGAGAGUGGGCCACAUUUUCCGUAAGCGUCGUCCGUACGGCUCGCCUGGAGGACAGGACACAAUGGCGCGGAAUUCCCUUCGCCUGGCUCACGUCUGGAUGGACGAGUACAAGGAGCAGUACUUUGCCCUGCGUCCUGAGCUCAGGAACCGUGACUUCGGGGACAUCAGUGAGCGCCUGGCCGUGCGCGAGCGCCUGCAGUGUCAUUCCUUUAAGUGGUAUCUCGAUAACAUUUACCCAGAAAUGCAGCUGUCCUCAUCUCAGAAUAAAGCACAGCCUCCUGUCUUCUUUAACCGCGGCGUCAAGAGGCCCAAAGUACUGCAGCAUGGCCGGCUGCGUAAUGUGCUGACUGAGAAGUGUUUGGUGGCUCAAGGGCGUCCCAGCCAGAAGGGCGGCACUGUCGUGGUGAGACCCUGCAACCCUCAGGACCCUGAACAGGAGUGGACGUACGAUGAAGAGCACGAGCUGAUCCUGGCCGGGUUGCUGUGUUUGGACAUGUCUGAGAUCCGCUCGGCUGAUCCUCCUCGCCUCAUGAAGUGUCACGGCUCAGGCGGCUCUCAGCAGUGGAGUCUCGGGAAGAAUAAUCGUCUGUACCAGGUGUCUGUCGGUCAGUGUUUGGCCGUCCUCAACCCCCUCAGCCAUAAGGGUUACGUUGCCAUGGCGAUCUGCGACGGUUCCGAGGCCCAGCAGUGGCAGAUAGAGGGAUGAGGGCCAACAGUGAUGGCCGGAGAAUCGGACCAAUCAGCACGCAGCUUAUACUCCGUCAUCAGUGUGGCUGACUGAGCGAAUGGGUUAGCAUCGUUUCCCUCCUCUCAGUGAGGAUCCGAGUGUCUUUCUGACCCGCCGUCACGCUGAUGAUCACGUUACUGAGCUCGUAUAACGAAGCGUUCACGAUUUAGAGACGUCUCUGUCUUUUCGGUAUUCUACGACUUCAAUGGAAGAUCUUUUUUUUUUUUUUUAUUUAUAAUUAUAAGCAGCUUGUUGAAAUCUUAACCCGUUUGCACAGUUUUUUUUUUUUUUUUUCCUUUUCAGAGUUGUAAAAUGUAAAUUUAGAUGUUAUGGAAGUAUACUGACUCUCAGUACUGAUUUUGUCUCCUUUAAAUUUUGAGCGGCAUUUUGCGUCAAGAUUCGUUUUCUUUAAAGAGAAGGACAUGCAGCAACAUGACAUGUUUUUAAAAAAAGGUAUUAAACAUCCGAGUUGUUUAAUUUCACUUUCUUUUAUCUUCCUGGAGUACAGAAUUAUUCUUUAGUUCAUGAUAUAAUUUGUGCUUGUAUAAAUUAAUAAAGGUAAAAAUAAUUGCUGUGCAGACGAGGCUUGUGCGAUAUUGAUUUCUCCCUGCUCACCAUUUACAGGAACAAAAACUCAUGACUCAGAGCCAUGAGAAUAAAACACAGGAGAAAAAGAGCAUUUCCUCCUCAGGUUCAGGUUUAAGGUGAGUGUUGUAUGAUAAUAAUAAUAAUAAUAAUAAUAAUAGGUCAGGAAUUGCAACGAUCAUGAAAACUCUGAUUUUUAGGCGUUCCUGCAAUACACAGGAAAAAUAGGUACCUUUUCAAUCAAUAAGUGUUUUUAAUACUUUGUAGUGUUCGUUAUUAUUCGCUAGGCAUGUAACGAUUCAUCUAAUUCAGGAUCCGGUUUCAUUUUCUGAAUAACCAACAAAAUUAUCUACCCGCAUUUGUAAAGGUUGGAGUAAAAUAUAAUCACCUGUUAACUAAAAAUAAUCAUUUUAUUAUAAAUGAAAGUUUAUAACAGAGCUUUUCUUAAACGGUUCUGAAUAUUUGUACUUCCUCCAUUUACUUCCUUUUUCUUUAUCUUUCAGCAGUCUGUAAAGAGCCCUGAUUUCCUGUUAAAUGUAUUUAUUUGCACAAUCCCACAACAGCUGUUUCCCAUUUUAGAUCUGAGGUUUUUGUGCUAUUAGAGCUGUGUUACUUCCACUAUUUAAUAAUGGCCAGUUUUUUUUUGUAGUGUGUAUUCCAGAUAUAUUCCAUUCAGCGACUCGUUCAAUAUCAUGCUCGCUGAAUGGAAUAUAUCUGAUAUACCACAAAAAAAGCCAGCCAAUAUUAUUGUCGUUACACAUUCCUUUCGUGUGUUCAACACAUCUGUCUUCUUCAAAAUUCUCUCAAAACCUUCCAGCCAUGUUUGUUUACAAAUUGUCCCAGUCGCUCACUAUCACGGAAGUUUUACGUCUCCGACGUGCGACGUCAUACACGUAGGAUCAGCGAUAUUAUAAUAUUGUAUGCUAUAAGAACCAAAUGAAUGGAACCCUCGAGAAGGUUUUUAUUCCAUUGAAAAUGUGUCCUGUAUGGAAUACAUAUUAUUGCGCCCUCUACUGUCCAAACAAAAAUUGCACAGCCUGGUCGAUCUUUUUUUUUUUACACUAUCGUGAUCUAUUCUUGCACAAUAUAUCGUUACAUGCCUAAUAUUAACAUUAUUUAUAAAAUAUUAGAUUUGACACAUUGUUGUAGGAGUAUUUCGUAGGUCAAAUAUUUUCAGCUUUCUUCUUACUUAACUGAUGUUAGACCAAACUAUAUAUCCAAGUCGAGAACACAGUGCUGGGCUUGGUUUGAUUUUAGUGAACGUUAAACCGUCUCUGACAGAAGUGGGCAGGGCCUUCAGGUGGUGCGAGUUGAUAUCCGAGCGAUCGGUACACCUUCACAGAUCAUAUGUUAAUUAACUCAUCUCCUGUUUUGUCAUGGAGGAAAGAAAUGCAAUCAGCAUAAACGUUACAGGAUAUUGUGAUAGCGUAAGAUCAUAUCGCACAAGCCGACUAUAGAUGUGAAUAGAAAGGACGGAUCGAGACUGAAGUUCAUGUAUGAAGUAGAGGUGUGCAUCAGGACUGGGAACAAAAAGACCACAUUGAUGAACAUAGACACGGUAGAGCAGCUGCUUUGGUGAAAAUGUUUUUUGUUUUUUUAAAUUGGAUGCUCAUAUCUUGGGUGAGUACAAACUGAAACACAUUGCAGGAGUGGGAUUGAAACCAGUCCUGUACAUGUCUAGUAUGAAGUUAUGGUCAGUGAUAUUGAUAUUUUUUUGUUUUUUUUUCCAUUUUGCUGUGAAAGUAAUCAGUUUGAUUUUAAAUAUGAAGUGCUGUUUUCUGUUCUCUUUUGUAAAUAACAGAACAAAUAAAGAAAGACAUCCCAA